AUCGGCGGCCUCGGCAGCAGGAAGCAGGAAGCGCUGGGCGGGUCCCCCCAGCCGGGCGGAGGCAGGAGCACCCGGGCCUGAGCGUGGAUGGGGAUUGGAACCUAAGGGCAUGAUCCUGAAUAGAACCUUGCAACCCAACCCGAACCUGACGGGACCUGACUGCAACUGUCUGGCUCAGGUCUGGUCAUCUCUGAUCACCUCUUCCUGACUGUGGGCUUGACGCGUUGUUCUGCUGUGUACCUCACUCCUGUUGGCCGCCACAUCAGUGCGCUGCGUAUGCUGCUGCUCCUGUGUGCUGACAAGUCACACCCCUCUCCUGCUGCAGGAGGUGGCCAGAGAUGGAUUGCUGGCACCAGGCAUAGGGAGUGGGAAGCUGCUACCAGGCCAAGCCCCAAGGAUGAGGCAGCACUGACACAGGCUCAAGCCCAUCCCCAUUGUACAGUGUCCAGUACAGUGGAGUCCCGAUCCAUGACUAGGGAUCCUAAGCGCAGGGGAUUUUUCACUGGUGGCCAUGGAGCUUUCUGCCAGUGAGCUCAGCAUUUAUGACAAGCUAUCGGAGACCAUUGACCUGGUGAGGCAGACUGGACACCAAUGUGGAAUGUCAGAAAAAGCCAUUGAGAAGUUUGUCAAGCAGCUCUUGGAAAAGAAUGAGCCCCAAAGGGGACCCCCCCAGUACCCUCUCUUGAUGGCUCUCUACAAGGGCCUGCUUACCCUGGGGUUAAUCUUGCUAACUGCGUACUUCAUGAUGCAGCCGUAUAGCCCUUCGCCACCUGAAACCACGCUCUCCAGAGCCCAUGGCUGGGGCUUCCUCGUUGGUCACAUCCGACUGCUGUCUUUGCCUAUUGCCAAGAAGUACAUGCUGGAGAAGUGCCAUGACUGGUGGGGACUAGAUUGCAGGCAGAAUGGUUCUGAGAUUCCUGCCAACUGCUCUUGCUGUGCUGCCAUUAAAAGCCUCCAGGUAGUGACUGAUCUAGGACAAUUAUCAGAAAACCUCCAGAGGCCUCAGCCCCUCUUAAUCAAGACAGGGCAGUAUCUGUCUUAUGAUGAACUGAAGCAUUUUCAGUCCCAGUACCCGGAAUUGACAGAGAUCACAAUAGAAGAGAAUUCAGCUGAACGUUGGCGCUGCCUUCCAAGACAGAUGUUUCCAUUUGCCUUCCCCUGGAACAAAGCCCUGAAUAAAACUCAGAUUCUCCAGGAACUUUUCCCUGCCUUGUCUUUGCUGGCGUUCCCAAAGGCAAUCUCCCUGGAAAGCUGCUUUCUCAUUCACAACCCAGAGUUAGGGAAUAAGACCCACAGACUGCACAGCGUGUUUGCAGUUGGAAGCGGCCAGCUAACCCUGAAUAUUGCACCUUCCAAGGAGUGCAGAGGACACUGCAGGACUCUGUCGGUGGAGCUGGAAGCUGGGGAUUUCGGCUAUGCCAGCGCGGAUUACUGGAAGAUGAGCUUUAACUCCAGAGGAGCAGAGCCCAUAGUCAUUUGCGAUGGAUCCUCUAGCUAAGAACUGUGGGAGAGCUGGAGUCCAGUCCGGUGCGAGAAGAAUGCGCAAGGGGGACAAGGAAAUGGGUGUAUAAAAGCAAUGAAACUGGUGCAGCUGAAACAUCCCGGGGAAGCAGCUUUGCCCACCAUGUGGGAGGCCUUGUGUUUCAAGCAACCGUUUCCCUGACCCCCGAGGUAAUACUUGCCCAUCCUCCGACGUACCUUGGGAGAGAGGCAGUUGCACUGAUCGCUCCCCUCAGGUAAGCCCUGGGGGUGCACACGUUUGUUUUCCUGAGUGCAGGGGGAUGCAUUUCUGAGAACAAGCUUCUCCUUGUGUCCUUUGUGACUAUUGCACUGUUAGAAUUUCACAGGGAGCCCCAGAGCGGGUGAAACCGUGACUGAAACCCUCCGGUGCAUUCAUCCCGGAGAGGUAACAUUGGGCCUGUCUAUUGGGGCAGCUCUGUCAAGGGGACAUAUGAUUGACAUGUUCCAUGGUUCCUCCCCCCACAUCACAACCCAUUCCAUGCCCCACAAGGAGGAGAAUGAGCCCCGCAGCCCCCAUUCACAGACUCAGGCCUGGCUCCCGGCCACAGGAAAAGAAUGGGCCUUACAGCCCGGUUGCAAAGACUGCCACACACAGCAGCGUUCUUGUACCAAAUGAAGCUGUUUAACCCCCCCCCCCUGUCUCGUUGUGAUUGCUCUUCUGCAUUAUGGCAGCCUCAGAGCAUUGCUGGUUCCAAUAAAUAGUCCCUAUGUUCUUCUCCUCCUCUAACAAAAACACCGGUGUGAAUUUGGCUGUCCGGGUUCUGAGAGUGCAAGAGCUUUGGCGAGAGCCAGGCUGAGGUGCGGGGAAGCACUGCAUAAGCUUCCCCUUCCAGAUCGAUGAGUGAACUGCACCACCCAUGCUCCCCCACGGCUCCAUCUGGGUCUGACCUGGAAACCCCUGGUUAAGAUUUUCGAAAGUGACUAGUGAUCUUGAGUCCCCUGACUCUGACAGUGCUGAGCACCCACCCUGUGAAAAUCAGACUCCCUUGAGGUGUCUCAAGUUGGCCACCCAGAAUCACUGAUUUCCUUUGAAAUCUUGGCCCCUGUCUACAUUGGCGAGGCAAACGGCACCAGCACCUUACUCACAAAUCUUGCUUGCAUAUACUAUGCAGCUCUUGUUUGAAAUGUGCUGGCUUGCUUUCCUUGGCCAGUAUGGGAAGGACCUAAAUGAGGGCAGCUUUUAGGAUCUGGUUUACCUGGAAGUUCCUUCUUCCCCCCAGUCAUUUGUGUGUUAACUCCUUCCAGACCCCAAAGCUCCAUCUCUCUCCAGAAUGAAUGUUGAUUUUUUUCCUGAGUCCCUUCCGAGCUUCCUCUGCAGGUUUCCUGUUGCUUGUGGUGCUCCCCUGUCCGGUGCCUUUAGAGAGGAUCAGUUUCAUCAUGUGCCGGCUGCAGUUACAGCCGUUCCUCCCAAGCCUGAUCCUAUGGGUCUUUGUUCCUGCUGUGGACGAUGGCUUACAGAUGUGUCAGACUGAAGUCAUAGCCCUGGGCUGCGGUUCAGGACAUACUCUCUCACUUGUUUGUAUGGUAUCGUGAGAGCCUCUUUUGUUUUGAAGCAAGUUAAUCAUGUUAUGAGACACAAGAAUCUUUUCAUUUGUAAACAUCUUUAGGUCAAUUAAAAGAACGGAGUGGAACGAUUUCACUCCACCCUCUUGCAAGUUUUUAACAACAGCUGGAAAAUGGGUGUGAAGCUGCUGCUGGUAUUAAUUGUUACAGUAAUGCUUAGAGGUUCCAGUCCAGAUCAGAGCCUCAUUUUGCUGGGUGCUCUACAAAGCUAAAACAGAAGAAAGUUACUGUCCCAAAAGAAUUUAUAAUCCAAGGGCACGAUCCUGCAAACACUUCCCUACAUGCAUAAUGCUAAUGAGUUACUCUGGGGGGGUGUUUGCAGAAUCAGUCCCUAAAGAGGGAAAAGACAAAACAGGUUGAGUAGAACGUGAGAGGGUGGGGGUUAUUUUAGUUGGCUUUGACCAAUAAAGGUCUAAUUUAAUUGGUAGCAAAAUAUCGCAGGGAAUUAGGGUAGUACAACUCCCAGUAUUAUUGUUUGCUAAUUUUUGGUGGUGGGUUCUAUACUAGUGAUUGUGUGCACAGCAUACACUCUCACACACGUGUAGCCCUCUGAAGGACUGGAUCCUGUGCAAGUUACCCUUGAUUUCAAUGGCAGACGGAUCAUGCCCUAAACACACAAAUUAGGGACCGAUGCUAUUUACAGUUUGGCAGCUUCUCAGUUUACAUUUGGAGGCUAACAAGGUUACCUCAUCAGCUUCCAGGUUUCCCUCUGCCUCGCUCCAUUUUUAUUAAGCAUUCAAUGAGAGACACGCACAGGGGCUGUAUUGGACUGGGUGUUAAGAUCAUGAGUGAGUUAGUGUUGCUGUUGCUUCUAAGUGUCCUUGAAUGUGACUCGUAAAAAGUUGCAGAGAAAAUUGCCAGUAGUCGGUUAAAUGCCUGUGUUUUGUGACCCCCGUCACUGCCAAUGCAGCUCCCUGGCUUUAUGGAAGGACAAGAAAUCAGCCAAUAGGACAAUCAGCUGUCAGGCUCUCUAACAAGCAGUGGGUUCUAAAGCUGGUUUAUGUCUACUCUACAGACGUGCACCCAUAAAAAUGGCUCCUCCCCAGCUCAAACACAACUAGCAGAGCGUUACGCCAGUUGGCCAGACGAUGGUGAAUCUGUCCUGAUUGCAGAUCUGCUUUCCAAGUGCACUUUUGGUCUCUGCUUAAGUUUCCAGAGCUGUGUCUAGGAGACACAGUGCUCACAUGUCCAAACCUCACUGCCUUUGGAAUUUACAUCAUUUGUUUUUACACUUCCAGUAUGCUUUCUCCUCUGCUUCCAAGAGCUGCAACGCAUUAAAGGCAGACUUAGCUGCUAAACCAAAACAGGAGGAGGCUGAUUUUACUCUGCUUGUUAAGAUACUGAAGAAUCAAAUGUGGCCCCAUCAGCACUAGAGUACAAAGCCCUGGUCUGUAGCAUGGUUUCUGUCUCUGGCAGCCAGGGAAAUAGCGUUAGCACCUUGCUGUGAUUCAGUACAGGCAUGGCUGUCGGGGUUUGAACUCUUGUGUGGAUAAGGCCAAAGGAGAAUGAGGCUGGUGAGGCUGAGAUGCAGCGUGCUCCUAGUCAAUGCUUUCCAGGCUAGAUAGUCUGAUGACUGCCGGCAAGAACUGGUCCCAUCCCACCCACUACCCCGUUUGUGUUUUGGGGGCACAACUUCUCCCAACCAGAAAGGCAGCAGCAUUUCCAAAGGCAGUAACAGGUUUGAGAGGUGGGGAAGGGCAAUUCUAUUCUUGCAAUCUCCCCAAACCAAGGACUUAGUAGAGAAAGGGUUAAAUGUUGCCCCAAACAGCCAGCCGGCUCCUGUGGCUCUGGAGUUUGUAACAGAGUGGAGCAACCUGGCCAUCUUCUCAGUUACUGAGGCAUCUUAGCAAGUGGAUCAGGUCGUUGAUGCUGUAUAUUACGUCACGGGUGUCAGUGGCCUCCAGUGUUGCCCGACAUUUGUGGGCCCUUCUGCGUACAACAUGUCUUAAACAGUCCCUGUGUGCGGCUAGUUGCACACCUUGCCCUACUCUCUACUGGGGCCCAACCCCAUUCACCUAGUUCAUCCCUCUUUUGAAAUUCACUGCGUGCCUAAAUGCUUCGUGUAUGAGCCUGGAGAUGGACUUGUACCUCCUUGAAUGCCAUGGCCUUGCAAAGCUGCUGUGAAAAUUCACCAGUCAAGGCUCAAAACUUGCUCACUUGCCCUUGCCCAUAAUGACCAGAGAUAACGAAACUGUCGUAUCUUACUCGCCUGUAAGGAAAGACUACCUGCUCCAGGGAAGGGGACAGGUAGAACUUUGCAGAGGCUGGUUUAAGGCCUGUCUCCGAUAAUCCAAGACACUGUCUAUCCCGAUCUCUCUGGUUUCUGAACUCAGGGUAACUGAAUGCAGGAGAAAGGAGUCUGACUACUUUCCUAAUUUCAACAGUGGGAAACUAGGGGGAUCUGGACAUCCAGUUCCCAUUGAUUUUUAACAAGAAUUGUGCAGUGCUGCAAAUCUGAAUCUCUGACUCCCAUUGCAAAGCCCUGGAGAGUUUUCUAGGGUAAGAUCCUACUGGAGUCAGAUGGCUUUUGGUGCAUGUACCAGCCCCUCCCUCAACAGCUGUUGCAAAGUGCCCACUCUCCAGAUGGGAGGGGAGGCACUGGGUGUGCUGUAUGGUGCACUUUGUCUUGGCAUAUGUCUACGCUAAUUGCAGCUUGGGUAGACGUGGUGAAUACGUGGCGGCAUGGACCUCAGCACGGGCUAGCAAUGCAAGUACAUACCCAGGAUGUCAGGUGGGCUUGUAGAGCCCCACGUUGAAGUCCGUGCCACCAGGCCUUCACUGCUCUUUUUAGCUGUGCCAGCCAGGUUAAAGCUGGCAUGGAUAUGGCUACCCAAGCUGCAGUCCCACCUCUGAUUGCAGCGUUAGAUACAGCCUUAGAGGAACGAGGAGGAAAAUCAAGUUAAUAGUGAUUUGAAUGGUAACCGCGCUACACGGUAUGAGGAAGAUGAGCCUACCACCCUUUCUCACGCAGGUAGACCUGCCUCACUGCAGUGGGACUGCUGUCGUGAGGAAGGGUUGCAGGAUCGACUCCGAUCCUGCAGUGUGCUGCGGUGCCCUUGGCUCCUUGUUAAUUCAUUGGGAAAUAAGGGAACUCAGCACUUUCCAGGAUCAGAGCACAAGUAAUGAGCAAUUCCAGCAGCCUUGCAACCAAUGAACAGAAACCUUUCACCGCUCAGAGAAUUCAACUUUCUUCUCUUUGUAUAUUUACUAUCAAGAGCUAUCUCUUCUCCUCUUCUGGAAUACCUGAAAAUAGGUGUCUUAAAGGAUUGAGGGACUGUUGUGUUAACAUGAGAAGUGCUGGCCUUUCCUUUUGCUGUGCAAAUUCCAACAAAGGAGCAUUGAUUUUUUUUAAUGUUCUCUCUUUGUGUAGUGGGAAAUGGGGGGUAAUAUGGUUAAUUGUGACAUUAUUACAAAGACUCAGGGGUAUGCUGGGCAAACUAUUCUAUAGAUAUAUGCAUAAAGACUGUUGAAUUAUGCACACUGUACAUUCAAGUGGCUGUUAAAGAAUGUAAAUAUGCAGGGAAUUUUAUGGAUGAUUAUAAUUUAAUAUAUUGCAAAGUUUGUAAAUACUUGGGAAAAGCCUGUAAAGAGUGUAAAUAAAUCAGCUUUGUAUGUAAGAAGAAUUUAAAAAUUGUUUUUACUUUUUGCAUUUAAAUACAAACAUUGAUGCACCUUUU